GUAUAUGGACCACAUAAUGAAUCAAAAUUGAAAAUAUAGAUACUAAAAUUAACAUUUAGAAAGUACGAUGAUCAAAAUGAACAAAACUCAAAAGUACAAUAACCAAAGUAAUAUUUAAACCUUAUAAAUAUUUCCUAUAAAGAAAAUCUUUGCGGAAGUAGAAAAUUAUUAUCUUAAAAAUCUUGAGAAGGGUUCGGAAAGAAACUUUUAGCUUUUGCCACUCUACUCUUGUUUAUAUCAAAAAGUGGUAAAACAAAUUUCAAAGUGAUCGUAAAAGAUGUUUGGUUCUCGGUUGGACUAUAGUAAUUCCAAGUUAAGCCAAAUUUAUGUUCAGUAGAUGGGUUUGCUUUUAUCAAGCAAUAACAUUAUUGAUGGUAUGUGAAGUUCCUUUUGCAGUGCAUAUUAACUAUUACAAAUUAUGAAAAUACUAGUUAUACUCGCUCGAGUUUCAAUAUCUUACUCAAUGAAUAAUUCAAAUACAAAUGAUACAAAAAUCAAAGCAUAAAUGUGUAGAUAAGAUAUCUACCCCUUUCAAGUUGAAGAUUUAAUCUCCAUUUCAUAUUUGUUAUCUCUCUCUCUCUCUCUUUAUAUAUAUAGUCUCCAAAUUUAUAAACCCAAACUUGUUAAAAUAGAAAUCAAAACAUAACUUAAUUGGUUGAGAUAUGAUAUAUCUAUACGAAGUAGUAGAGCUUCAAAUCCCCACCUCACAAUUACCUUCAUCUUCAAUCCUUUUACAUUAUGAUAUGAAUAUCUAACGUGGUAACCGUUUUUAUCCAUCUCAAUCAAUUACCAAGGCUAAACCUCCCUUUAAAAUUAUAGAAAAGAUAAAAUUACGAAAUAAAUUGAGAAAAUAAUGAAAAGUACAGGUAAUUAAAGAGAAUAUACUGUAAAAAUUUCAGUACACUCUUUUCAUGGGUCCCUUUCUUUUCUGAACUCUUUUUGGUCACUGUCGUUUCCUCCUUUUUGGGCACUCACUGCCAAGGCUCUCUCCCUCACCAUUUCCUCUCUCAUCCUUCUACGAAUAUGAAACUAAAUGUGAUCCCGUUUUAUGAAGCUUAGUAAUAGUAGAAUCGGGAUCUCAAGCAACUUCAGGAUUUUACUUCUAACUUCGCUUCUGCUUCCAACUUCUUGCAAUUAGGCUCGUGGGUUUCUUCUUCUUCCUCUAUUAGCUUUCGUCUGAAUUAGCUUGUUGGUUUACAUUGAAGACGAAUGGGUCAUUUUGAAGUGGUGGAUCAUCUUGGUUUUGAAAGGCUUUUAUUCCUUUGUGUGUGUUAUUUUACUGCUUAUUGUUGCGUUUCUAGAGAACUGGGAGACAGAGUUGGUAUUCUAGAAUCCAAAAAGAUUGCAUUGCCUUUUAUUUUGUUGUCAGCCGUAGUUUUCUGCUCUACCUCGUAAUUUAAACCUUCUAAUCACUUCAAGUUUUGUUUCAAAUUUUGGACUUCAGUUUUUCUUUUCUUCAUCUGAACAUGGGGCAAAACUCUAAUGGCUUGGACUGGUUUGUUAAUGUCUUCAAGAAGAUGGAGGGCAGGUGCUUGGAGAUGUGUGAUGUCUUGGAGAAGGAAAUGUUGAAAUAUGUAAAAGGGCAACCAAAUUCGGUUGGUAUUGAUGAAGAUCACUUCCAACAGCCACAUUUGGAUGUUGGAGAAAAUCAGUCUCCUGGGGAGCAUUGGGCAAAUCAAAAUGCAUCUUCUGCGGCUGCUUUUGGUAAAGCUACAGAGGAGCAUCUUCUCAAGACAGAAGGUCGAGUUACAAUCCAAUCAUCUGAUAAACAGAAUCAUCCUAUUAUUGAACCAAACCAUUUCUCAGCUACCCAAGAAGUAUGUGGUGCUCUCAAGAUUGAAAACAACAAGAAGAAGCAGAGCCAAAAAGCAAAUGCAAUUACUGAAGAAAUAGUAAAGUUUUCUCCAUCCACCAUUCAAAAGGAUGAAUUCCCUGACUGGGAGAUCAUUUAGAUCUAUGCAGUGCUUUCCUUCUAAAAGCAGAGGUGGUGAAACAAUAAAAUUAGUGUUGAUCCUCCCAAUACUACUACUAUAAAGAUUUAUCCUGCAAUGCUAUGCUCUUCAUUUUGUUGCUUUCACUAUUUUUUCCAGUUUUCUCUGCCUAUUAGCAAUCACCAAGAUUGAAGGGAGUUAGUUUCCCUUCUAUUACCAUGACUGAAGCAAAAAAAUUAAAAGGUAUAACCCAACAUUAAAAGGAACUUGAAAGUUAAAACUUCUAACUUCUAGGUCCUUUUAUCAGAGCCACACGAUUGGCCUUCCCUGUAGCUAAUGAAUACCACUGCAACCUUUCCUUUUUUGUUUCUUUUUUGCCUCCCCACCCACCCCACCCCCCACAUAAUGUCUUCGGCCUUGUCAGACACCACGAUGGUUAACGUACUCAAAGUUGAAAUGUCAAUGACAAUUGUGUUUUGACAUGAAAGCUACUCAAGCAAAAACAAUACUAGAUAGAAACUGAUACAAUUCAGAUUUCAAACCUAAAAAUGAAUGACGAGAUGGCCUAGUAUUAGGUUAGUAACAACAAACAUCAGGUUUUAAGAAGAUGUACAUAUUUCAGUUCAGAGGAAAUUUUCAAAUGGACAAUACGAAAGCAUCAAUCACAUAAGCUAGUCCCAUCCAGUCAUUUGAAUUUAACAUUGACAGUUAAGAAACUUUCAAAUGAAU